UACUCUAAUAUUCUUACCCUUAUUCUAACCAAUCACACUCCUCAUGCCUAAACCUAGCCAAUCCAACUAACGAAGGCAACGAGUACUAGCCAAUCAGAAGCAGACUAAGGCAGGCCAUGACUACGCCAUCCUAGAAAAAAAAAUGUUCCGAUGACUUCUCUUCUCUCGUUGACGCUCCAGAAACACGUUGAGCCAAGUUGUCAAUCAAACUGGUAUAAACCGUUGAGCAGCCACAGCCAGUUGUUUCCUAUGAUCCAGGCUAUAUGGUUUAGCAGUGUGAACGAGGCUGUUUAUGCUCGUUCUGUGUGAUUUUCAGCCCAAAGCAGGAAAUGCUGCUUUUUAAUCUGCCAGAUCUCAGUCAGGAAGGAAGCACUUGUACUGCAAAUCUGCAGACCUGAGCUAAUCUAUAGUUAACUGCUUCACGACCCCUUUAUUAUUUUUUGACUGCCUUUUUGGAAAUGAAAACGACGUUGUUCCUGUUGCACGCCAUCUCAUGCUGCUGGUUGGUCAGUGCCACACUUUCAAAAACGGAUGCAAAGAAGUCGCAUAAAGCUGAAGCUGAGACAUCUCCAGCAGAGUUGUCUGUGUUGGAGAGAGGACUUGUGGUGUCAGACCCUCACUGGAAAGACAUAGUGAAGGAGGAAAAGAGACACAGUACUAAUAUUAAGAAAACCUUUCAAGGACCAGUGCUUGGAUAUGUCACACCUUGGAAUUCCCAUGGCUAUGACGUUGCCAAGAUAUUUGGCUCUAAACUAACUUCAGUGUCUCCGGUGUGGCUUCAACUUCGCAGAAGAGGACCUGAAACCUUUGAUGUUACGGGACUCCAUGACCAUGAUCCAGGCUGGGUCAAAUCUGUGCGCAAAUCUAACAAAAAAGUCCGGCUGGUGCCUCGGCUGUUAUUUGAUGGUUGGUCUUACCAGGAUUACAUGACCGUGCUGGGGAGUGAAGAUGAGAUUGAGGAGCUGGGAAGUGAGCUGGUGGACGUUGCAAAGACCGAAGGUUUCGAUGGUUUCACCUUGGAGCUCUGGAGCCAGCUGGGAGGCAAUAAAAGGAAGGAGCUGGUGCAUUUGGUGAAACACAUAUGUGAGUCUUUGAAGGCCAAAAGAUUAGACUGCAUCCUCGUUAUUCCACCAGCUGUGACAAGUACCGGGCAGCCAGGUAUGUUUGGCAGGGAAGAGUUUGAGCAGCUGGCCCCAGUCGUCGAUGGAUUCAGCCUCAUGACGUACGACUACUCCAGCGGUGCCAGGCCGGGCCCGAGCUCUCCCCUGCCCUGGGUGAGAGACUGCGUCCUCCAGCUCGCACCCAACACUCAGUGGAGGCAAAAGAUCCUGCUUGGACUCAAUUUGUACGGCCUUGAUUUUGCAGGCCAGGGCACAGAGCCUAUCCUAGGGGGAAGAUACAUUGAGAUUUUGCGGGAAAACAGGCCAAAACUUCUCUGGGAUGAAUUGUCUGGAGAGCAUUAUGUCAAUUACAAGAGGAGCAAUGCUGUUAAGCAUGUGGUGUACUAUCCAUCGCUGAAGUCAAUCUAUCUGAGGAUCUCCUUAGCUACUGAACUGGGUACUGGAAUUUCCUUAUGGGAGUUAGGACAAGGACUGGAUUACUUCUAUGAUCUCCUAUGAGAGCUGGACUUGUUUGAGAAGACUGUGGACCUUGAAUCAUCAGCACAUGGAUUUUCUUUUUCCUGAUCAUGGUACACCAAAAAUUCAUAUGCUGUAUGGAAGUACCCAUUUUCUCUAUUUUGUUUUGGAGUAAGUGACAUGAACUCUGAAACGAGCCGUUGACGGGGGUUUAGUUAAUAUUCAACUUGUUUGUGGGUCAUGAGGGGGUGUUGAGAAAUCUGGUUUACAGGAGUGGAAUUGGAGUUUGUUGAUUUAAAAGAUUGUGGGGAACAAUAGGUACUUCAGUUUGUUUUACUCCUUUUCAUUACUGAUAUUGUGAAAAAAAAAAAAUCUUGUACUUGUACAGUUCAGUCAGAGUGCAGUAACACAUGUCCAUUCAACAGCCGGCGCAUGUUCAUCAAUAUGUAUAAAGUUUCAAACAAGGAUAUAUUAUGUUGAGUUCAUGUCAUAUCUGCAGCUUCUCUUCAGUCCAAAUCCAGAAUCUUCUGCUGUUUUGCUGACUGAUGCCAACAAACAUUUCUGCUCUUGGAUCAAGUUUUGUCAUUUUUACAUUUUCUAAUCAAGACAUUUGAUUGUGUGACUUUUAUUGGGUUUAUGAUAACAGCAUUGACAAGUAAAGACGUUGAAUUUACAGGGUUGCUAAACAUUUGUUCUGACCCAGCAUCUUCCAAUAUUUGUAUGAGAUGGAUAUUUGUUUAAUUACAUUAAUAUAAAUGUGGAACAACUCAA